AUGAACACUUAUCCAGAGCAUCAGGUGAGAAACUAUUGUAUUCCCUCAACCAACCAUCUGCCUCAUUUCACUUUUCCCAUAAAUAUUUGUUUAAAAAUUCUUCAAGGGAAUCAGUCACAUUUAUAUUCCCAAGAAUGUUUGUUAAUCAGGAUAAAUCAGUUUCAGCUAUGCUGAUUUUUGUCAACUGACAACCAACUUCUGAAAUGAUAAUUUCCUUUACUCUGCUUGAGUGUCUGAUCUCUGAAGUCUCAUCUCAAUGAUGUCAACUCCCCCUUUCAGGUUGUAAUAGACACAGACAAGUCGACCCACUCCUUGAGACUGCAGUCACAAGACCACCUUGAUCAAAUGAUGAACCAUGUCAACUAUGCCCUCUCAAGAAUAUUCAACAACUCAAUGUAUGCGUAAGUCUCCCUUGUUUUAUUCAUAUUACUCAUAGCAAGGGCCAAGAGUUUUUCUAGACCAUGUGACCUGAAAAGAAGAAACUCUAGGUCCUACUUAUAACUUACUAUCCCCUACUGCUACCAACUUUGCUAUGUUGUCUGGAAGAAGAGAGCAUGGCUGCAGCUUAAUAUCAUCAGGAUUUCCUGUGUUCAGUCUGUAGAAGUCCUCCGUAAACCAAUGGGAAUAGCUACGGUAUGGAAUACAGAUGUUAAAGACUACAAACAAAAUACAGAUUGGAAAAGAGUCUGGAACAAUGUCCCAAUGUCCUCCGAAAUUUUAUAAUCAUCAACUAAUACACUACAAAUGAAUUCAGCGAUUUUAUUUGACUCCGCGGAAACGCUGCCAAUUUAAACUUGCUCCUUUCGCAAAUUGUCUGUGCUGCCAUGCCCCAUCUACCCAUUUUAUAUUAUUGUUGAACGAUGACUCUUCACUGACUCUCUGCGGCAAAAAUAAUGUUAGUGACCAGAUGGAAGCCUCCACAUAAGCUCAGCAUAACUCAAUGGCUACAAAACUUCCUUGACAUUCUUUCACUAAAGCCCAUAGCUCGUGUGAACAGCGCCAAGGAAACAUUAGAUAUGUUCAAUAAAGCAGUCGAAAAGGUCAAACGUUUAUUAUGAGUUAAUGUAAUGUAAUCCUGUUUGAAUUUAUAAAUUAUAUUUUGAAUAUCUGUAUCGAAUAUCGAUGUAUGCAGGCUGAUUCUAUUGAUGUGAGCCUUGGUCCCACAAACAAUUUUACAAACAUAAGAUGAGUUACCCAUGAUGUUUUGUUUUAUACAUAGAUAUGUCCACAACAUGAGCCCGAGGGAGGAGGGGGGAAUAGGAAUGAGAAAGGGCGAGGGGAGAUGGGACAGACAGGACAAAUAAUGCUUAUUUUAUUUUUUCUACAGUUUUUCGUUUCUUUAUGUAUGUACUUUUUGAAUAUUAUUGCCGGUCUGUGAUCUGAACCCCUGAGGAAAAAAAACACAAAGAAAACAACAACAGUUAGUCACAAAAAAAUGUGUUCUUGGUAUUGACCUCUGAGAGGCUCAUCCAAAGUACAUUACAUUUUAGUCAUUUAGCAGAUGCUCUUAUCCAGAGCGACUUACAGUUAGUGAGUGCAUACAUUUUUCAUACUGGCCCCCCGUGGGAAUCGAACCCACAACCCUGGCGUUGCAAGCGCCAUGCUCUACCAACUGAGCUACAGGUAUAUCAUCUUCCAAAAGGACUGUUUUCCAGCAGAUCAGAUAAUUGAACAGGAUCCAGAGAGACUGUAGUUAAAGGAGCUAGACUAGGUUAAAGUAAUGGAUUAAAGGUUAGUUAUGGUUAUUGAGCUAAGGAUGAUCAGGGUCAGAGAUUACGCCACACAGUAGGGUAGUAGGGUUGGAUCUACUAUACAACUUGAUUAAGGACACUGUGUAUUUAAUGUAGUAGUACAGUCACGCCACAAACAUGCAUAAUAAGUACUAUAUCCAUAUUUUCACUGACUGAGUUGUUAAUAUCUUUAUUUCUCUCUCUCUCAGUCCGGCCAUCUGUCGGGCAGAGGGGGACGUCUCUGAUGGAGUCCAAACGUUUUCACCAAACUCUGAAUCAUCUGUAGAGACUCAGAAAACCUGUGGUGAGCUGCCUACUCAGUCAGUUAGUCAGUCAGUAGUCACUCUGUUAGUCAAUCAGUCACUCAAUCUUCUAGAUAAAACUCUGUUUAGUCAGUGACACAUUUAAAUUCACCUGGAGCAUAAAAUUAUUAUCUUUAAAAAUAAUGAAUCUAUGACUGUAUCUGAUCAGUUAUCAUUUUAAUCUCUUUUAACUUAAGUUCUUUCAUGCUGUUGUCUUUUAUCUCACCUCUAUAUUUAUAUUUAUAUUUAUCCCCCCCCCCCCCCUUGCUCUGUUUCUCUUUCAUCUCUGACCCUUUUCUCCUUUUCCUCUCUUCACUCUCCCUCUCUCAGGUGGUUUCUCUGAGACAUACGCAGCUCUGUGUGACUAUAAUGGCAUCGGCUGUAAGGAGGAAGUGCAGUGGGUAAGAAUACCACUCUGUGGGCCUCCCGAGUGGCUCCUAAAGCGCUGCAUAGCAGUGUUGCGGCAUCACUACAGCCUGGGGUUCGAUCCCAGGCUGUGUCACAACCGGCUGUGACCGAGAGUCCCAUAGGGCGGCGCACAAUUGUCCCAGCGUCAUCUGGGUUAGGGGAGGGUUUGGCCGGGGGGGGCUUUACUUGGCUAAUCGCGCUCUAGUGACUUGCGGCGGGACGGGCAUCUGCAGGCUGACUUCGGUCGUCAGUUGAACGGUGUUUCCUCCAACACAUUGGUGCAGCUGGCUUCCGGUUUAAGCGAGUGGGUGUUAAGAAGCGCGGCUUAUUGGGUCAUGUUUCAGAGGACACAUGACUCGACCUUCGCCUCUCCCGAGCUUGUUGGGGAGUUUCAGCGAUGAGACAAGAUCGGAAUCACAAAAUUGUGGAGAAAAAGGGGCUAAAAACUACAACAAUAAAAAAUUAAAUUGUAUCACAAUACAUACACCUGAUGUAGUACUCAAUGAAUGGAGUUAUAUUAUGCUGUUGCUGGUAUCAUCAUAUUUGUAACCUGACUCUCUCUCAGGAUGUGGACACUAUCUAUCACUCUCAGGACAACAGGGAGUUCAACCUGCUGGACUUCAGCCACCUGGACAGCAGGUACACCAUCUGUUCUGUAACCCUAACCCUGGACAGCAUGUACACCACCUGUUCUGUUCUGUAACCCUAACCCUGGACAGCAGGUACACCAUCUGUUAUGUUCUGUAACCCUAACCCUGGACAGCAGGUACACCAUCUGUUCUGUUCUGUAACCCUAACCCUGGACAGCAGGUACACCAUCUGUUCUGUAACCCUAACCCUGGACAGCAGAUAAAUCACCUGUUCUGUUCUGUUCUGACCCUAACCUGCUGGACUUCAGCCACCUGGACAGCGGGUUGACUGUAGUCCUAUGAAGUGACUGUCAGGGAUACAGUGUAAAGGUUUUCAUGGUACUUCACCCGUGUGAGGUGCUCUAGUUCCAGCACGUGCUGUAGGCUGGCCCUCUGACUGUCCGACUCCCCUGUCUCCCUACCAGGAGGCAUUUGUGGUGCGUCACUCUGGGUCGUCAUUUCACAUUCCCCCAAUCCCUUCUGAUUUCUGCCUUCUACAGUUACAGCCUCUGACAGCAUGCUUUUUCUGCCGACUGCUGUGCUCUUCUAUUUCAUUUAAUUUAAUUAUUCCUGUGGACACCUUUCUCUACCUGCAGGAAUAACCCAGCAGGUUCACACUUCACUCCCACAGCGAGCUAAACCUGGUUCCUGUGUGUGUGUGUGUGUGUGUGUGUGUGUGUCUCUGGAGUAUAGCUGGCACUCUGUCAUGCUCUAGUGCUCUACAGGCCCCAAGGGGACCGAUAGCACUCGUAGACAGUUCUCUUCUACACAUGGGCUAGAAGAGAAGCUCAACCUUUUAAUGGAAUUGUUGAUUCAGGGAAAUCGUGACAGUAAUCCAGUGUAUGAGGGGGCUGCUGUUGGCUGGUGGGGAACACUGGCAGAGGUUGUGGAAUGUACACACACGCACACCACACACACCCUUUGGCCAGCCAGAGUGAAGUCCUCUCCAUGAUGGCAUGUGAAAUGAGAACACAGCCCUCAGCCAUACACUGGACUGGGCCCUAAUGUAAUGGAGGACAUUCCCCUUUAAGAGCUUGAUCUCUCUUAAUCUGUUGCACUUUCUCUCUAUUGGUCUCUCUGUUCGUUGCUUCCUCUCUCUGCCUCUUUCUCUCUCGCUCUCUGCCUCUUUCCCUCUGUCCCGCUGUCUCUCUCUCCCUCCGUCCUGCUGUCUCUCUCCCUCCGUCCCCCUGUCUCUCUCCCUCCGUCCCCCUGUCUCUCUCCCUCCGUCCCCCUGUCUCUCUCCCUCCGCCCCCCUGUCUCUCUCCCUCCGUCCCGCUGUCUCUCUCCCUCCGUCCCCCUGUCUCUCUCCCUCCGUCCCCCUGUCUCUCUCCCUCCGCCCCCCUGUCUCUCUCUUUCCAUCCCGCUGUCUCUCUCCCUCCGUCCCCCUGUCUCUCUCCUCCGCCCCCCUGUCUCUCUCCCUCCGUCCCCCUGUCUCUCUCCCUCCGUCCCCCUGUCUCUCUCCCUCCGUCCCCCCUGUCUCUCUCCCUCCGCCCCCCUGUCUCUCUCCCUCCGCCCCCCUGUCUCUCUCCCUCCGCCCCCCUGUCUCUCUCCCUCCGCCCCCCUGUCUCUCUCCCUCCGCCCCCCUGUCUCUCUCCCUCCGCCCCCCUGUCUCUCUCCCUCCGCCCCCCUGUCUCUCUCCCUCCGCCCCCCUGUCUCUCUCCCUCCGCCCCCCCUGUCUCUCUCUUUCCAUCCCGCUUGUCUCUCUCCCUCCGCCCCCCUGUCUCUCUCCCUCCGCCCCCCUGUCUCUCUCUUUCCAUCCCGCUGUCUCUCUCCCUCCGUCCCGCUGUCUCUCUCCCUCCGUCCCUCUGUCUCUCCCUCCUACUGGACACAUGGUGUGUUGGGCAGGAUAAAACAGUUUUAGGCCAUUGGCCAGGAUCAAAACAUGGCUCUGUGGAUCCUCACACUGUAGUAAUCCACUGACCUGGCCUCCCUCAGUCAGCCCAUCGAUCCUCCUCUCUGCCCUCUCUCCUUCCUCGGGCUCUCUCGUUAUCACUCUCGCUCUCUCUCACUCUUUCCCUCCCCCCAACAGGGAGAGUGUGCUGCAGAAUCAUACAUAAUUUCUCAAUCCAUCCCUACGGCUCUCUCUGAAGUUGUUUUGCUGGAGAAAAACAUUUUGUUUGGCUGUAGGAAUGUAUUAUUAAGUUUUUAAUUAGUAUUUCGAGUUGAUACGGCUCUAUUGUUUUUAAAUCUAAGGCUGAAAUUGUGUGUGUGUGUCUAUUUCAGGGACCUGGCGGUGAUUGUGGCUUCCAUGGCGUACAACACUUGGUUCACCAAGCUCUACUGCAAAGACAUGCGCAUUGUAACUAUUCACUUUACAUUACUGAUUGCAUGUGUUAUCUAGUUGUCUGUCUGCGUUUAGACAAGGCUACCAGGGUUUAAUUAUUUCCUAGUUGGUUAGAACAGGAGCUGGUCCUGUUCAUGUAACAGUCUCUCUCUGUGUCUCCCCAGGGGUCAGAGGUGGUGGAGCAGGUCCUUCACACCAUCAGUAAGUCCAGCAGUCUGGAAGAACUCACUCUGGAGAACGCUGGCCUCAAAUCGUGAGUCUCACCCAUCCUCCUGAUCUGUCAUUUCUCUCCCUUUCAUCUCCUCUUUUAUCAGUCUUAUUCUUCUCUUGCCAUUCCGACUUCACUCCUGAGUAUAGAUUUUUUCUCUACCAUGACUCAGAUAUACUCUGAUGUAGAAUGCAUCACAGGAAGCAUCAAAACAAUAUUUAAUCCAUCUUCUCUCUAUAUUUACUAUUUUAGAGAUUUCCCUCAGAAAAUGGCGACAGCUCUGUCUGAAAACCCUGCCUCUGUGAUCCACUCGCUCAACCUGGCCCACAACCCCCUGGACAACCAAGGUACUGGAGCCUCAGAGGCACUCUGUCACUCACUCACUCUUUUUCAGAAUACGUAAUGUGUGUGAAUGCCAGUCUGGGUGCAUCUCUCAGUGUUUGCUGUUUACUCUGCAGAUUGUGUGUGUGUGUGUGUCCUCCAUUGUGAGUCAGGGUCAUCUGCGUGCCAAGAACUCUCAUUAGUACAUCAGAAUGUGCCUUUCUGACACAUGUCACUCCCACUCACAUCACUGUCUGUGUGCCUGUAGACACCAUGUACUACAUUAGUUUUUUGUCUGUGUAGAUUAUGCACAUAUGUGUAUGUGUUGAUUUUGCUGACCAUGUAUAUGGUGUUGUCAAGGGUGUGUGUUUUCUCUGAUCUGUGCGUGUGUGUGUGUGUGUUUCUUUCACUCUGACACUUACUCCCAUAUGUGUUUCUCUCCAGGAGUGUCCAACCUCAUCCAGCUGGUGUGUCGCCUCAACAAAGGUCUUCGUCUGCUCAACCUCUCCAAGACGUCCCUCUCCUCUAAGGGUGUGUUCCUCCCUCUGUCCCCUGGGCCACAGUGCCCCCGUGUGGUGGUCACCGCUCCACUGCUCUCGAAACCUCAUGACCUCAUAUAGGGCCUGGGGUUUUCAGGAGAGAAGAUAAGACUCUGGGCCCUACUCAUGGGAUUCAUGAGCCAUACAGGGUCCUAUGGUUUAUGUUCUCUUAUGUUUGUGAAGAGAACAUUUAUGAUCCAAAUCUAUUUAUAUAUAUUUCCUCUCACCUUGAUAGUGAAUACUGCAUUGUUGGGAAAGAGCUUGCAAGUAAACAUUUCACUGUACUGUUUUACACCGUGCACGUGACAAAUAAACGUUGAAACUAGAUAGAUUUACAGAAGACUCAUCAAAAAGACAGUCAUAAAAUGUGAACAUGAGGUAGCACAUUGAUGGGUAGAGGAUUGCCUCCUCAGUGUGCCACAUGCCUGUCUGCUGUGUGCUAAUUUCCUCUUUAAUCUGGGUGAAUUAGGGAUGAACAUAAUCUACUAUGUGGUGGUAGUAGUUUGGUAGAGCAGAGUUAGUUCUGCCACUGUAUGUUUGUUCCUAACAGUUUGUUAUAGCACAGGGCUAAGUUACUAACAGUUUGGUAUAGCACAGGGCUGAGUUACUAACAGUCUUUGCUCCAUUGCUCUAACUGUAGCCUUUCGUUCCAGGCUUCAAAGCCAACAUGAAAGUACAAAGUCUUGUACUGCAAGUCUGCUGUCAUCUUCGCCAAACGUUAUUAAUUAGGAUUUAUUGAGUUCACUUUCUUACUAAACCUGCUCUUGUUACUAUUUUGUUUCUCUUAAGAAGAAACUGUAUUUUCUGCAGGGAAGAGAUUUAAAAAUAGAUUUUAAUGGGCUGCUCUAAUGUAAUGGGCCGAUAGGCAUAUUUGUGUUUUGGUUUCAGAUGGAGAGUUUUAUGUGAUUAGUGGUUGGCUCUGAUAGUUGUCUGGUUAAUAGUGCUGAUCUGGUACUCUUUCCCUCCCCUGCUGCAGGUACUGUAUUUCUCUAUGUCAACAGACUAUUUUUUAAUUCACUCCUUCCAUCUCUCUCAGCUGUGGUGUCUCUCUCCCAAGCCCUCUGCUCCAGUGAUGACUACACCAACUCUCUGCUUCACCUGGACCUGAGUAAGAACCCUGGGAUUCUGUCUGGGGAGGAUGCCACGGUGAGACCCACACAUAAACACCACAUGUACAGUACACGCAUGCAACACACACAAACACACUUUGACUGUCUCUCUGUUUAUCACUCUCCAGAACAUGUACAUGUUCCUAGCCCAGACAAAUUGCCUGGUUCAUCUGGACCUCUCUGGGACCGACUGCACUGUGGACUCGGUUAGUAGUGUCUCCAUUCUGAGUGCUUCAUGCUUUGAUCAUACAGUUAGACUCUUACAUACGCUGUCUGAUCCAUGAUCAGGAUAGUCUAACUAACACGCAUAAUGAAGUGGACUUUGUAGUAAUUGAAGUGGAAGUGUGGAUGUGCUAAUUGGGCUAUAUAACAGUUCUGUGGUUCUACAAACGUAUGAGCAUGAAAUUUCAUCUGUAUAACUUUGGGAGGAACAUUCUGCCCUAAAAACAGGAAGAAUAUGCCUCUAAUGUUGAGCAUGAAUUUUGUAUAGAAUAUUAGAAAGCUUCUGUUCUGUCAUUACUCGUUCCCAACUCACUCACUUGGUUUCAUAUCUUGUUUUCUCCAGUCUAAUCUCCCCUGUCGAGAGUCUGGUGGACUUUGUUAAAUUUACAUUUUAUUUUAUUUUAUUGUUAAUAGAUUUGUCAGAACAUUUGCAUUUUUGCUAACAGAUUGUAGUCUUGACUGUUAGCAAAAUGAUAAUGAAACUGCCAAGCUUAUUUACAUGAUUGAUAUUUGUAUGUAUUUGUUGUUGUGUAAACACAAUGUGAUUUACUAAUGACAAUAUAUUGGUUUCUCUCCAUAACAGUUAUUUGGCGCUCUGUUGAGGGGAUGUUGUGCUGAUCUCUCUUACCUGAAUCUCUCCAAGAACUGCUUCUCUCAGAGGUGAGGUGUCUGUCUAUCCCCUUGAAUGGACCUUAAUCCAAUUCUAUUCACUUAACUUUAUUUAUCCCUGAGGGGCCACCACCAGUAAGCCUACAUGACAGCUUAUCAUCCCUGAGGAAAGUAUCCAUGUAGACAUUCCAGUAAAGAGUCAGCACAAGACAUUCUAUCACAGAUGGGCAUUUACUCCUGUACCUACCACCUAGACCGAAUUAGAUAGAAAUUAGUACAACUGUACAAGUUGCCCCCUCAUCUAUCUAUUCUGUCUCUGGGCCAGUGUUUAACUAGUGUGGAUCAGAGCAAGCUGGAGCAGCAGAUCAUCUCUCAUCUGGCCUCCCUCAGGACUGGCAGAGCAGCAACCCCAUCUCCGCUCCGCAGAUUACUCCAUUAUGGAAAAGUUUCUGAAAAAUGAGACUAAUUUUAGAAGGGAAUUAUUGUUCAAAUCCCCAGGCUAUCGCGCCAGCAUUUUCUCGCUCACCCACUCACCUCCCUCGCUCCAGCUCUCUUCUCUCUACUAUUUCUCUCUCUCUCAUUCUACUAUUAAUAUAAAUCUCUAUCUCACCCUCCUCUCCAUCCUCUCAUGCCUCUCUUUCUCUAUUGUAUCUCUCUCUUGCUUGUUUUCUCGCUCACUCGCUCUCCCUCCCUCUCUGUGUGUCUGUCCUUCACUAGGUCAUGGUAAUCAGCUGUAUGUGUGGCAGCAGUCACUGGAGCCGUGGUGGUUCUGCCUGAGCUCUGAUCGUGCCACAUGAAACGGGACAUAAAUCUUUUUGAGCUGAUAAGAGAGAAAGACUCAUGAAUAUGAACAGCCAGCGCUAUUCUCGCUCUCUCUCUUUCUCUCUUUCCUCCAGAGCAUUGACUGUAACAGUGUUCAGUGUUUACCCUGGCCCUUCUGUGCUGUGUGUAUCUGUUGCUCAUCUCUGUGUGACUAAAGCCAGCCGAAGUCCCCUGCCUGCAGCCCCGUCUGACAGGAUUUAUGCUGAUGAGCCCAUAGGUCGGAUAGCACAUGUUGGAAACACAGACCUGUUAUCAUAAUGUCAUGCUCUGACAUGAGCCCCCAUAAACCCCUUGUCCACUAUCACUUUCUCUCUCUGUUGCUCUUUCUUUCUCUUUCUGCCUCUUCACUUCCGCUCCCCCCUCUGUUUAAUUAUUUGAAUGGUCAGGCUAAAAUGGGUGUUAGUUAUGCUGUUCUACAAUUUAGGAACAUACCGUCCCCUGUAUUACAAUUAAAUGCCUGGAUGCUUCUGUUAUCUGCAAUGGCUCAGAGGACUUUUCUCGACAUGCUCAGAAUUAGUUUAUUCUUCAUCUGGUGUACAACCACAUCUGGGCCGCUGAAGUGUGUGUCUGGGUCCACAAGGAAAAUAUUUCACGCCUAGUUGUUAGCAGAUGGUUUGAUACAAAACAAUUUUUGUAAGUUAAACUGUUUCGUGUUGUUCACAUUCUCUGACAUCAUAGUAGUUAUUUGAAGGCUUGCCGUUUACUGCAGUUGACUGUGAAAUAAUGGUGACCUAGCCUUAAUGUCUAUUCUUCUCACUUCUUAAUCUCUCUCUCCCCCUCUCUACCUCUCUCCCUGUCUCUUUCUCUUUCAGGAAAGUGAGGGAGACUCUUCCUGUCUUCAGGCAGUUCUUCAGCUCAGCCUUCAGUCUCACACACAUCAACCUGUCUUCUAUGAAGAUUCCUCUAGACACCCUGAGGUGAGAUAUGGACUCCGCUCUUGCCAACUGCCAAAAUGACGGACUCACUCAGGACCAGCUACCUCAGUCUAUAAUUUAUUUACCUACCCUACAUGAAUUCUUUAACAUGUUUGUUGGUAAAUCUAAACUUCCUAUCCAGUUUAGAUUUUUAUUAAUUUUUUUACCAGGCCCGUGCAUUUCACUUUAAGCACUUACUGGUCCUUGGCGAAGUAGUUUUAGUAAUCUCUAAGCUCCUUUUCUCCAAAAUCCUUUCAGACAGCUGCAGAACCACUCAGUGUGUGAAUAGAAAAGCCACAUGGUUUCAUUUUAGGAAAAUCUAUUGAAAAUCAGUCACAGUAAUUAAGAAAUAAAUAUAUGAAAUUAGUUUGCUAUGCAUUGACCUUUCUUGAUCGCUUCUCUCUCCCUCCUUCCAUUUUUCAGAGCUCUCUUCCUGGGCCUGUCUUCCAAUCCUCACAUCACUGAUUUACACUUGGACAUCAGCGGCUGUGAGGUGAAGUGCCCAUCUGCUACAGUGUGAAAUUACCUUGCCUUCUUGCCUCUAUGUUGGUGGAUGUAGUCUUCUAGAUCUGAAGGAGAGAGAGGAGAGAGAGAGGAAGAGCAGAGAAGGGAAGAGAGAGAGAGAGAGAGCGAGAGAGAGCAGAGCGCGAGAGAGAGAGCAGAGAGAGAAGGGAGGGGAGAGCGAGCAGGAGAAGGGGGGAGAGAGAGAGAGAGGAAGGGGGAGAGAGAGAGAGAGAAGGGGGAGAGAGUAGAGGAGCGAAGGGGAGAGAGAGAGAUAGAGGGAAGAGAGAGAGAGAAGGGAGGAAGAGAUGAGAAGAGAGAUCGAGAGAGAGAGCGAGAAGAGAGAGAGAGAGAGAGAGACGAGAGAGAGAGGAGAGAAGGGGAGAGAGAGUAGAGAGAAGAGAGAGAAGGAAGGGGGAGAGAGAGAGUUAGCGAAGGGGGGAGAGAGUAGAAGGGAGAGAGAGAGAGAAGAGAGAGGGAAAAAAAGGGGAGAGAGAGAGAGAGAGAAGGAAAAAAAAGGGAGAGGAGAAGGAAAAAAACAAGGGAUCUAAUAUUAAUUCCCAUUUAUCUAUCUCUCCUUUCAUCUAUAUCUUCUUUCCUAUCUCUCUUCAUUCCUUUCUCUCGCUUACUUUUAUCUUUCCUAUCUUUUUCUCUCGCAUACUUUUCUUUCGCGCUCUCUCUCGCUCUCUCGCUCUCUCAUUUUCUCAUUUUUUCUCUCCUUUUCUUUCUCUCGCGCUCUUGCUCUCUCUCCCCUUUUCUCUCCCCUUUUCUCUCUCCUUUUCUCUCUCCUUUCCCCCCGCUCUCGCGCUCUCCUUUUUCUCUCUCUCCUGUUUUCUCUCUCUCUCUCUCCUUUUCUCUCUCCUUUUUUCUCUCUUCUUGAUCUCUCUCCUUUUCUUCUAGCGCUCUCUACAUUUUUCUCUCGUCUUCAGCUGAGGUCUGCAGGUGCCGGGGUGCUCCAGGAGCUGUUUCCUAGAGUGGCCUGCAUCGGAACUCUCGACAUAUCAGACAACGGUGAGAGAGUGACCCUUAUGCAUGCAACAGUCUUAUGGGCCUUUUCAGGGCUAACAUAUGGCAGUUCAUAUAGAUUAUUCUGUGUUUUUGUCUUGGAUCUCAGGGUUGGAUGGUGACCUGCUGGGGGUCAUCCCAGCCUUCUCCAGACACCCCUCCCUCAAACACCUGCUGUUGGGCAAGAACUUCAACAUCAAGGGCAGGUAGGGACAGUAAUCCAUCCGCCACAGGCACUCAAACACGCACUGGGAAGAUUUUGUCUAACACUGCCAAUUCUUUGUCUGCAGGGUACUACAUGAAAUUCUGCAGAAACUAGUUCAGCUAGUGCAAGAGGAAGAGUGUGUGAGUUUUAUAAUGCAUUUGAACGCACACCCACUGAGACACACAAACUCUCCUUCGCACUCCAUACACGUACGAUACAGCUAUAUUUAUGUACUUGCAUGUUUAACCUUCUCACCCACACUGUCAUACCCUAGUAUGAUGAUGGACUAACGCCAUUAUUUACUGCUGUUGAUGCUGAUAACUCACAAAUGUAACACAAACAUACAGCACUCAAAGACACACACAUACACGCACACAUGAACACACAUGAACACAUACACACACACACUAGCGAUGUGCUGGUCAGCUGUUUGUUCACCCACCCGCAAUUGCUAAUAACCUAUUCGCAACCGCCCGACUAUACGUGAUAAAGUGAAAAUCUAAGGCCUGCACCCGACCCUAACCCGCAAAUAUAAAAAAAUGCGUUGUACAGUCAGAGAUGGCAGUGUUUUUUUUUUUUUACUGUCCUUUUUAGAUCAAAUUUAAUUUGUAUUGGUCGCAUACACAUAUUUAGCAGAUGUUAUCGCAGGUGCAGUGAAAUGCUUGUAUUUCUAGCUCCAUCAGUGCAGUAAUACCUAAGAAUACAAAACAAUACACACACAUCCCAAAAAUUUUAAUAAAGGAAUUAAGAAAUAUCAGGACGAGCAAUGUCAGAGUCAGGAAUAUAAAUACACUGAACAAAAAUAUAAACGCAACAUGCAACAAUUUCAAAGAUUUUACUGACUUAUAGUUCAUAAAAGGAAAUCGGUCAAUUGAAAUUAAUUCAUUAAGUCUAAUCUAUGGAUUUCACAUGCCUGGCAAUACAGAUAUGCAUCUGUUGGUCACAGAUACCUAAAAAAAAAAGAAGUAGGACCAACAUGGGACCAACACUUUACAUAUUGCAUUUAUAUUUUUGUUCAGUGCAUUCUGAGAGUAUUCAGACCCCUUAUAUUUUCCACAUUUAUUUUGUUACGUUAGAGCCUUAUUCUAAAAUUGAUUAAAUACAUUUUUUUCCUCAUCAAUCUACACACAAUACCCGAUAAUGAGAGAACAAAAAAAGCUUUGUAGAAAUGUUGGCACAUUUAUUAAAAAUAAAAACAUAAAUACCUUAUUUACAUAAGUAUUCAGACCAUUUGCUAUGAUACUCGACAUUGAGCUCAGGUGCCUCCUGUUUCCAUUGAUCAUCCUUGAUGUUUCUACAACUAUAAAGCCUCUAAAGGCCACUCCAUUGCACGUCUUCAUAUUUGACAUAAUUCAGAUAAUAUGUCUAACAGGGUUGGGGUCAAAUCCAUUUUAAUUCAAUUAAUUGGACAUGAUUUGGAAAGGCACACACCUGUCUAGAUAAGGUCCCACAGUUGACAGUGCAUGUCAGAGCAAAAACCAAGCGAUGAGGUCGAAGGAAAUGUCCGUAGAGCUCCGAGACAGGAUUGUGACGAGGCACAGAUCUGGGGAAGGGUACCAAAAAAUGUCUGCAGUAUUGAAGGUCCCCAAGAACACAGUGGCCUCCAUCGUUCUUAAAUGGAAGAAGUUUGGAACCACCAAGACUCUUCCUAGAGCUGACCACCCGGCCAAACUGAGCAAACAGGGGAGAUUCCUUGGUCAGGGACGUGACCAAUAACCCGAUGGUCACUCUGACAGAGCUCCAGAGUUCCUCUGUGGAGAUGGGAGAACCUUCCAGAAGGACAACUAUCUCUGCAGCACUCCACCAAUAAGGCCUUUAUGGUAGAGUGGCCAGACGGAAGCCACUCCUCAGUAGAAGGCACAUGACAGCCUGCUUGGAGUUUGCCAAAAGGCACCUAAAGUACUCUGACCAUGAGAAACAAGAUUCUCUGGUCUGAUGAAACCAAUAUUUAACUCCUUGGCCUGAAUGCCAAACGUCACGUCUGGAGGAAACCUGGCACCAUCCCUAUGGUGAAGCAUGGUGGUGGCAGCAUCAUGCUGUGGGGAUGUUUCUCAGUGGCAGGGACUGGGAGACUAGUCAGGAUCGAGGCAAAGAUAAACGGAGCAAAGUACAGAGAUCCUUGAUGAAAACCUGCUCCAGAGAGCUCAGGACCUCCGACUGGGGUGAAAGUUCACCUUACAACAGGACAACGACCCUAAGCACACACCCAAGACAACGCAGGAGUGGCUUCGGGACAAGUCUCUGAAUGUCCUUGAGUGGCCUGGCCAGAGCCCAGACUUGAACCCGAUCGAACAUCUCUGGAGAGACCUGAAAAAUAGCUUUGCAGCGACGCUCCCCAUCCAACCUGACAGAGCUUGAGAGGAUCUGCAGAGAAGAAUGGGAGAAACUCCCCAAAUACAGGUGUGCCAAGCUUGUAGCGUCAUACCCAAGAACACUUGAGGCUAAAAUCGCUGCCAAAGGUGCUUCAACAAAGUACUGUGUAAAGGGUCUGAAUACUUAUGUAAAUGUUAUAAUUCAUCUUUUAUUUUUAUUAUACAUUUGCAAAAAUGUCUAAACAUCUGUUUUUGCUUUGUCAUUAUGGGGUAUUGUGUGUAGAUUAAUGAGGGGAAAAAACAGUUUAUCAAUUUUAGAAUAAGUCUGUAACGUAGCAAAAUGUGCAAAAAGUCUGAAUACUUUCCAAAUGCACUGUAAGUAUGACCGGUUUUAAGGAACUUAAAAGCUGUUAUAACCACCCAACAUGUUUUGAUUUCUGUUCUGCUUGGAUGCAUAUUUUAUGUGGUUGAAAUACUAUCAGCUUUUAUGAUGCUGAUAAAGACUGCACAGCCACCUUUACAGACGGUCCCUAACCGUGCAUUCAUUCUCUCAAGAUGCUGAAAUAAAUAAAUAAUAUUUCUCCACUCCUGUUCCCAAGUCAAAAUGUGCAUUUGGUGUAUCAUUUUUUUCUGCAAGAAAUGCUUAAUUCUGCAGGAGUUAAUAUUAUAUUAGGCUAUGUGAGAGGUUAUAGACCUACAGUCAGUGUCCAGAUUUCAGCUUGUUACCUGUAUAAAAGAAACCUCUCCACAGAAGCAAUCAAUCAGAUUCCAAACUCUCCACCAUGGCCAAGACCAAAGAGCUCUCCAAGGAUGUCAGGGACAAGAUUGUAGACCUACACAAGGCCUGAAUGGGCUACAAGACCAUCGGCAAGCAGCUUGGGAGAAGGUGACAACAGUUGGUGCGAUUAUUCGCAAAUGGAAGAAACACAAAAGAACUGUCAAUCUCCCUCGGCCUGGGGCUCCAUGCAAGAUCUCACCUCGUGGAGUUACAAUGAUCAUGAGAACGGUGAGGAAUCAGCCCAGAACUACACGGGAGGAUCUUGUCAAUGAUCUCAAGGCAGCUGGGACCAUAGUCACCAAGAAAACAAUUGGUAACACACUACGCUGUGAAGGACUGAAAUCCUGCAGCGCCCGCAAGGUCCCCCUAUUCAAGAAAGCACAUAUACAGUGGGGGGAAAAAGUAUUUAGUCAGCCACCAAUUGUGCAAGUUCUCCCACUUAAAAAGAUGAGAGAGGCCUGUAAUUUUCAUCAUAGGUACACGUCAACUAUGACAGACAAAAUGAGAAAAAAAUUCCAGAAAAUCACAUUGUAGGAUUUUUAAUGAAUUUAUUUGCAAAUUAUGGUCGAAAAUAAGUAUUUGGUCAAUAACAAAAGUUUCUCAAUACUUUGUUACAUACCCUUUGUUGGCAAUGACACAGGUCAAAUGUUUUCUGUAAGUCUUCACAAGGUUUUCACACACUGUUGCUGGUAUUUUGGCCCAUUCCUCCAUGCAGAUCUCCUCUAGAGCAGUGAUGUUUUGGGGCUGUCGCUGGGCAACACAGACUUUCAACUCCCUCCAAAGAUGUUCUAUGGGGUUGAGAUCUGGAGACUGGCUAGGCCACUCCAGGACCUUGAAAUGCUUCUUACGAAGCCACUCCUUCAUUGCCCGGGCGGUGUGUUUGGGAUCAUUGUCAUGCAGAAAGACCCAGCCACGUUUCAUCUUCAAUGCCCUUGCUGAUGGAAGGAGGUUUUCACUCAAAAUCUCACGAUACAUGGCCCCAUUCAUUCUUUCCUUUACACGGAUCAGUCGUCCUGGUCCCUUUGCAGAAAAACAGCCCCAAAGCAUGAUGUUUCCACCCCCAUGCUUCACAGUAGGUAUGGUGUUCUUUGGAUGCAACUCGGCAUUCUUUGUCCUCCCAACACAACGAGUUGAGUUUUUACCAAAAAAAUCUAUUUUGGUUUCAUCUGACCAUAUGACAUUCUCCCAAUCCUCUUCUGGAUCAUCCAAAUGCACUCUAGCAAACUUCAGACGGGCCUGGACAUGUACUGGCUUAAGCAGGGGGACACGUCUGGCACUGCAGGAUUUGAGUCCCUGGCGAAGUAGUGUGUUACUGAUGGUAGGCUUUGUUACUUUGGUCCCAGCUCUCUGCAGGUCAUUCACUAGGUCCCCCCCCCCCCCGUGUGGUUCUGGGAUUUUUGCUCACCGUUCUUGUGAUCAUUUUGACCCCACGGGGUGAGAUCUUGUGUGGAGCCCCAGAUUGAGGGAGAAUAUCAGUGGUCUUGUAUGUCUUCCAUUUCCUAAUAAUUGCUCCCACAGUUGAUUUCUUCAAACCAAGCUGCUUACCUAUUGCAGAUUCAGUCUUCCCAGCCUGGUGCAGGUCUACAAUUUUGUUUCUGGUGUCCUUUGACAGCUCUUUGGUCUUGGCCAUAGUGGAGUUUGGAGUGUGACUGUUUGAGGUUGUGGACAGGUGUCUUUUAUACUGAUAACAAGUUCAAACAGGUGCCAUUAAUACAGGUAACGAGUGGAGGACAGAGGAGCCUCUUAAAGAAGAAGUUACAGGUCUGUGAGAGCCAGAAAUCUUGCUUGUUUGUAGGUGACCAAAUACUUAUUUUCCACCAUAAUUUGCAAAUAAAUUCAUAAAAAAUCCUACAAUGUGAUUUUCUGGAUUUUUUUUCUCAAUUUGUCUGUCAUAGUUGACGUGUACCUAUGAUGAAAAUUACAGGCCCCUCUCAUCUUUUUAAGUGGGAGAACUUGCACAAUUGGUGGCUAUUUUAAAUAAUUGUUUUCCCAACUGUACAGGCCCGUCUGAAGUUUGCCAAUGAACAUCCAAAUGAUUCAGAGGAGAACUGGGUGAAAGUGUUGUGGUCAGAUGAGACCAAAAUCGAGCUCUUUGGCAUCAACUCAACUCGCCGUGUUUGGAGGAGGAGGAAUGCUGCCUAUGACCCCAAGAACACCAUCCCCACCGUCAAACAUGGAGGUGGAAACAUUAUGCUUUGGGGGUGUUUUUCUGCUAAGGGGACAGGACAACUUCACCGCAUCAAAGGGACGAUGGACGGGGACAUGUACCGUCAAAUCUUGGGUGAGAACCUCCUUCCCUCAGCCAGGGCAUUGAAAAUGGGUUGUGGAUGGGUAUUCCAGCAUGACAAUGACCCAAAACACACGGCCAAGGCAACAAAGGAGUGGCUCAAGAAGAAGCACAUUAAGGUCCUGGAGUGGCCUAGCCAGUCUCCAGACCUUAAUCCCAUAGAAAAUCUGUGGAGGGAGCUGAAGGUUCGAGUUGCCAAACGUCAGCCUCGAAACCUUAAUGACUUGGAGAAGAUCUGCAAAGAGGAGUGGGACAAAAUCCAUCCUGAGAUGUGUGCAAACCUGGUGGCCAACUACAAGAAACGUCUGACCUCUGUGAUUGCCAACAAGGGUUUUGCCACCAAGUACUAAGUCAUGUUUUGCAGAGGGGUCAAAUACUUAUUUCCCUCAUUUAAAAUGCAAAUCAAUUUAUAACAUUUUUGACAUGCGUUUUUCUGGAUUUUUUUGUUGUUAUUCUGUCUCUCACUGUUCAAAUAAACCUAUCAUUAAAAUUAUAGACUGAUUUAUGUCUUUGUCAGUGGGCAAACGUACAAAAUUAACAGGGGAUCAAAUACUUUUUUCCCUCACUGUAAAUUCAUUUAAUUUUGUCUCAACGUUAACUUUUUCAGCCCAAGUUCCCAAAAAAAGGAAAUAUAACAUUUACAUAAGUAUUCAGACCCUUUACUUAGUACUUUGUUGAAGAACCUUUGGCAGCAAUUACAGCCUUGAGUCUUCUUGGGUAUGACGCUACAAGCUUGGCACACCUGUAUUUGGGGAGUUUCUCCCAUUCUUCUCUGCAGAUCCUCUCAAGCUCUGUCAGGUUGGAUGGGGAGCGUCGCUGCAAAGCUAUUUUCAGGUCUCUCCAAAGAUGUUCGAUCGGGUUCAAGUCCGGGCUCUGGCUGGGCCACUCAAGGACAUUCAGAGACUUGUCCCGAAGCCACUCCUGCGUCGUCUUGGCUGUGUGCUUAGGGUCGUUGUCCUGUUGUAAGGUGAACCUUCACCCCAGUCUGAGGUCCUGAGCUCUCAGGAACAGGUUUUCAUAAAGGAUUUCUCUGUACUUUGCUCUGUUCAUCUUUCCCUCGAUCCUGACUAUUCUCCCAGUCCCUGCCGCUGAGCAACAUCCCCACAGCAUGAUGCUGCCACCACCAUGCUUCACCUUAGAGAUUAUGCCAGGUUUCCUCCAGAUGUGAUGCUUGGCAUUCAGGCCAAAGAGUUCCAUCUUGGUUUCAUCAGACCAGAGAAACUUGUUUCUCAUGGUCUGAGUCUAUAGGUGCCUUUUGGCAAACUCCAAGCAGGCUGUCAUGUGCCUUUUACUGAGGAGUGGCUUCCGUCUGGAUACUCUACCAUAAAGGCCUGAUUGGUGGAGUGCUGCAGAGAUGGUUGUCCUUCUGGAAGGUUUUCUCAUCUCCACGGAGGAACUCUGGAGCUCUGUCAGAGUGACCAUCGGGUUCUUGGUCACCUCCCUGACCAAGGCCCUUCUCCCCCAAUUGCUCAGUUUUGCCAGGCGGCCAGCUCUCGGAAGAGUCUUGGUGGUUCCAAACUUCUUCCAUUUAAAAAUGGAGGCCACUGUGUUCUUGGGGACCUUCAAUGCAGCAGACAUUUUUUGGAUGAUCAAUGGAAACAGGAUGCACCUGCGCUCAAUUUCGAGUCUCAUAGCAAAGGGUCUGAAUACUUAAGGUAUUUUGGUUUUUUAUUUUUAAAACAUUUGCAGAAAUGUCUAAACACCUGUUUUCUCUGUCAUUAUGUGGUAUUGUGUGUAGAUUGAGGAAAUCAAUUUAAUGAUUUUUAGAAUAAGGCUGUAACGUAACAAAAUGUGGAAAAAGUAAAGGGGUCUGAAUACUUUCCGAAUGCACGUUAUUGCACAAGAAUUAUACAUUCAUGGAUUUUUUUUAGUGGUUGUUUUCUCUUUAUUCAACCCGCCACCUCCAUUCAUACACACUAUUUCAUGACCCUAAACCCGACCGCCCUGCAGAUAACCCGCAGUCCCCACGGUUAUUUGAGUCAACCCGCGCCUCACGCACUCACACAUACAUACAGUACCAGUCAAAAGUUUGGACACACCUACCCAUUCAAGGGUUUUUCUUUAUUUUUACUAUUUUCUACAUUGUGGAACAGUAGUGAAGACAUAAAAACGAUGAAAUAACACAUGGAAUCAUGUAGUAACCAAAUCCAAAAUAUUUUUUUCUUUGAGAUUCUUCAAAUAGCCACCCUUUGCCUUGAUAACAGCUUUGCACACGCUUGGCAUUCUCUCAACCAGCCUCACCUGGAAUGCUUUUCCAACAGUCUUGAAGGAGUUCCCACAUAUGCUGAGCACUUGUUGGCUGCUUUUCCUUCACUUCGGGCCGACUCAUCCCAAACCAUCUCAAUUGGGUUGAGGUUGGGGGAUUGUGGAGGCCAGGUCAUCUGAUGCAGCACUCCCUCACUCUCCUUCUUGGUAAAAUAGCCCUUACACAGCCUGGAGGUGUGUUGGGUCAUUGUCCUGUUGAAAAAAAAAUGAUUGUCCCACUAAGCCCAAACCAGAAGUGAUGGCGUAUCGUAUGGUAGCCAUGCUGGUUAAGUGUGCCUUGAAUUCUAAAUAAAUCACAGACAGUGUCACCAGCAAAGCACCCCCACACCAUAACACUUCCACCUCCAUGCUUUACGGUGGGAAAUACACAUGCGGAGAUCAUCCGUUCACCCACACCACAUCUCACAAAGACACAGCGGUUGGAAACAAAAAUCUCCAAUUUGGACUCCAGACCAAAGGACACAUUUCUACCGGUCUAAUGUCCAUUGCUCGUGUUUCUUGGCCCAAGCAAGCCUCUUCUUCUUAUUGGUGUCCUUUUAGUAGUGGUUUCUUUGCAGCAAUUUGACCAUGAAGGCCUGAUUCACACAGUCUCCUCUAAACAGUUGAUGUUGAGAUGUGUCAGUUACUUGAACUCUGUGAAGCAUUUAUUUGGGCUGCCAUUUCUGAGGCUGGUAACUCUCUAAAGAACUUAUCCUCUGCAGCAGAGGUAACUCUGGGUCUUCCAUUCCUGUGGCAAUCCUCAUGAGAGCCAGUUUCAUCAUAGUGCUUGAUGGUUUUUGCGACUGCACUUGAAGAAACUUUAAAAGUUCUUGAUAUUUUCCGUAUUGACUGACCUUCAUGUCUUAAAGUAAUGAUGGACUGUCGUUUCUCUUUGCUUAUUUGAGCUGUUCUUGCCAUAAUAUGGACUUGGUCUUUUACCAAAUAGGGCUAUCUUUUACCAAAUAGGGUACCUUGUCAUAUCUGUGUUGUGACAAGGUACCCCCCCUACCUUGUCACAACACAACUGAUUGGAUCAAAUGCAUUAAGGAAAGAAAUUCCACAAAUUAACUUUUAAGAAGGCACACCUUUCUUCACUAUUAUAUUUAUAUAUAUAUAUAUAUAUAUAUAUAUAUAUAUAAUGUAAAAAAUAGUAAAAAGAAAGAAAAAUCCUUGAAUGAGUAGGUGUCUCCAAACUUUUGACUGUUAUUGUACAUACACACAUCCUUCACUUUGAGAGCCUAGGCCAUUAACCUCUCUUGCCCCUUCUCGCUCUCCCUCUCUCCUUUUCUCCAUCCCUCUAUCCAUCCCUCUUUUCUCAGGCCCUGCAGUCCCUCUCUCUGGCUGACUCGCGCCUGCGCUCUCGGGGCACAGUGCUGGUGAAUGCUCUGGGAAGCAAUGCUUGCCUGCGCAAGGUAGACCUGAGCGGGAACAGCCUGGAGGAUGCGGGAGCUAAGAUGCUCAGCAAAGCCCUGCAAAUCAAUGCUACACUCAGGUAAGAGAGGGGGAGGGAGGGAGAUGGGGGAGCUCAUUAUACAGUUGCUAUGCUGUAGGUAAUGCAGUGAUAAUGUAAUGAGACGGUUUGUGUUAUGGCUGUGCAGUACACUCUGUAGUGAACACACGUAUUAGCACUUCUAAGGUUAUUCAUGUUUUGCAAUUCUGAAUUUGUAAUUUGACGGGUGUCGUGUAGACGUAGUUCUUAAGUCAAUUAUUGAUCUAAUUCUGUCCCCAUUUGAUCCUACUAAGGAGUGUGACGUGGGAUCGCAAUAACACAACGGCUACAGGAUUCCAAGAUGUGGCUCGGGCCCUGGAACAGUAAGACACAGACACACAGACCCUCUCUUCCACUCACUCAAACAAACUUGAACACGAGAGACUGUCAUAAAAUUCCAAAGACAGAUGUAUCUUUGAGCUUGCCUUGCAGUCAAGUGUUUGUCAUUGCACAGCAUUUCAUCAGCACUCUGAUCUGUUUGUGCGGCAGGGCUGCCUGUGUGAGUUCUAGUGACAAGGAUUCACAUAAAGAGGCCAAUAUAUUAGAGCGAUAUCCACUACUGCCUCAAGCUUUUCCAUUCUGUACUAGUUAAAGGCAAGGUAGCUGUAAUUAUUCAUAUCAAAGGUAUGGAUUUUUAAUGAUUCUUCUUUUAUCCCUUUCUCACUCUCUCUUUACAGUAACUUCACCCUGCAGUACAUGCCCAUCCCCCUCAGUGAUGUCACACAGGCAUACCGAAGCGCACCUGAGAAGAUUGACCAAGCACUGACCAAGGUUGGUCACCUGGGGGUGUGAUAUCACCCCAUGACCUAAUCACACCAUGACAUCAUGACUGUUGUCAACAGCUUAUGUCUCAUAUCCAUCUCUCAUAUGUUCUUAUUUCUCCUCUGUUCAUUUUACUUUGUAAAACCAUUUCUUCUCUCUUUCACACUUCGUCUUUCAUCUCCCUCUGUCUGUCAGAUCCAGCGUGCUCUGCUGAGGAACAACCAGACCCAGAGGUUCUCUCAGAAACAGGCUCUGCGUCUACACCAGGGCCUGGUGACCAGCACUGCUGAACAGGUACAAAUACUGUGUGCACUGUGAUCUUUACGAGAAGACAAUCUUUGAGGCAAAACUCCACAGACUGAUGGAAGUGUGUAUGUGUGUGUGUCAGGUGAUGGAGCGGCUGUGUGUGCGUGUGCACCAGCAGGUGUGUGUUCUCCGAGGCUUAGAGGAAGGAAAGGAGCUGCAGGCUGCCAGACAGGUCCUGAAGGAGGCCAGAAACUCCCGUGCGGUAAGUAUGUGUGUUAGUGUGUAUUAUAAACCACUCUCUCUCAGCUAUACUGUGUGUGUGUGUUUAUAUAUUCUAAGCUCCUCUCUCUCCUUCUCAGCUAUACCCGUCUCUGUGUGAACUGGUUCAUGUUCUCUCAGUGGACGGGCCUGUCAGACAGAAAUUGGACUUUCUGGCAGGAGAGCUGACCAAGGCUGCUGAUAAGGAACUACAGGUAGACUACUCAACACUCCUCUCCCCCUGCAUGGUUGGAGUUGGACUAUGAUGAAUUAAUUCAGAAACAGAUACUGUAGAUGGAUAGAUGCAUUCUCUUCCAGGAAAUCUGGUCAAGGUUGCUGAUAAGGAAAUACGGGUACUGUGAUUCUUAUCAGAGACAGGACUUAUUGAAUGAGGGACUAACACAUUGAUUGCUAUAUUGACUGACUUCCUUUUAUUCCCAGGUGAUAGUGGACUCCAUGGUGUCUCUGUGUCAGGAGCUGUGUCCCAUGUCCUCCUCUGCAGCAGAGAGACUCAACCCUCCGCUCUCCUCCAUCUCAGAACGCGUCUCCAUCCCUCGCUCCACCAUCCGCACCGCCCUGAUGGAAAGAGCAGCACAGGACAUCAACAGAGCCCUGGAGUAAGUGUGGGAGGGAAAAAAAGCAAGAGGGGAUGAAAAGUGUCUAGACUAAAGAAGAAGGAAUUUGAAGGAAGAAUAUUCUCUCUCUCUCUCUCUCUCUCUCUCUCAGGGAGGUGAAGCUGUCUGUGGUCUCCUAUCUGACCAACUCCAUAGUGGAUCAGAUCCUUCAGGAGCUCUACACCACUCACAAAACCCUGGUACUAACACACACACUAUCUCUCUCCAUCUGUGUCUCUGAGAGUCUUUAUCUGGCUGAGAAUUAUGCAAAUGUAUCUAUAACAGUGACUUAGUGCAGUCUCAGUUUUGUCUACUCUUUUUCUCACACCAGUUCAUGUAGUCUUAACAAGUAGAUGGCUUUGUUUUCUCAGCUUCGUCAGGUGUCCCAGGUGAAGCGUUGGGAUGAUGGAGGAACAGGCAGACACACCAUCAGAAUCACAGACUCACUGGACUUCCCUGAUGAGGAAGGUCUGGGCAUGAACAUCGUAAGUGUGUGGGUGGUUGUACGUGUAUGAGUGCAUUUUUCCAUUGCUCUAUCACGUUGCCUUUCCUUUCUGUGUCUUACUAGGACACUAUUGCCAUCAAGAAGCGCAGCGCCAGAACCCGAAGGAUUCGGCCAGUGUCCACCAGACUGAGUAAGCUCACCUGAUUAACUAAAUCAAUGGAUAAACCGCUUCUACCCUCUGUUCUAUUGGUGAACGUGCAAUCACCAGAGAAUAAACUGGACGAGCUCCAUUCGAGACUAUCCUAUCAACAUGAUCUGAAGAACUGUAAUAUACUAUGUUUCUCCGAGACGUAUCUGAACAAGGACAUGGAAAAUAUAAAUCUAGCAGUUUUUUCUAUACAUUGGCAGGACAGAACGGCAGCGUCGGGCAAACUCAAGGGUGGUGGUUUGUCUCUAAUCUCUAAUAUUAAGGAAGUCUUGAGGUUCUGCUCACCCGAGUUAGAAUACCUCAUGAUAAGCUGUAGACCAUACUAUUUAUCAAGAGAGUUUAUCUAUAUUUUUUGUAACUGUCUAUUUACCAUCACAAACUGAUGCUGCCACUAAGACCGCACUGAACCAGCUGUAUAGGGCCAUAAGCAAACAAGAAAAUGCCCAGAGGCGGCGCUCCUAGUGGUCGGUGAUUUUAAUGCAGGAAAUCUGAAAUCCGUUGCACCUAAUUUCUACCUGAAUGUCACUUGUGCAACUAGAGGCAAAAAAUCACUUUUACUCCACACACAGAGAUACAUACAAAGCUCUCCCUCGCCCUCCAUUUGGCAAAUAUGACCAUAACUCUAUCCUUCUGAUUCCUGCUUACAAGCAAAAACUCAAACAGGAAGUACCAGUGACUCGCUCAAUAUGGAAGUGGUCCGACGACACGGAUGCUAAGCUACAGGACUGUUUCGCUAGCACAGACUGGAAUAUGUUCCGGGAUUCAUCCGAUGGUAUUGAGGAGUUUACCACAUCAGUCACCGGCUUCAUUAGUAAGUGCAUCGAUGACGUCGUCCCCUCAGUGACCAUACGUACAUAUCUCAACCAGAAGCCAUGGAUUACAGGCAACAUCCGCACUGAACUAAAGGCUGGAGCUGCCGCUUUGAAGGAGCGGACACUCAUUCGUACGCUUAUAAUAAAUCCUUAUACGCCAUCCGACGAACCAUCAAACAAGAAAAGCGUCAAAACAGGACUACGAUAGAAUCCUACUUCACUUGCAAACUAUCACAAAUUACAAAGGGAAACCCAGCCGCAGGCUGCCGAGUGACGCAAGCCUACCAGAUGAGCUAAAUGCAAUUCUAUGCUCGCUUCGAGGCAAGCAACACCGAAUCUUGCAUGGGAGCACCAGCCGUUCCGGACGACUGUGAUCACGCACUCCAUAGCCGAUGUCAGUAAGACCUUUAAACAGGUUAACAUUAACAAAGCCGCGGGGCCAGACGAAUUACCAGGAUGCCUACUCAGAGCGUGCGCUGACCAGCUGGCAUGUGUCUUCACUGACAUUUUCAACCUCUCCCUGAUCCAGUCUGUAAUACCUACAGGUUUCAAGCAGACCACCAUAGUCCCUGUGCCCAAGAAUGCCAAGGUAACCUGUCUAAAUGACUACAGCCUCGUAGCACUCACAUCUGUAGCCAUGAAAUGCUUUAAAAGGCUGGUCAUGGCUCCCAUCAACACCAUCAUCCCAGACACACUGGACUCACUCCAAUUCGCAUACCGCCCCAACAGAUCCACAGAUGACGAAAUCUAUAUUGCACUCCACACUGCCCUUUCCCACCUGGACAAAAGUAACACCUACGUGAGAAUGCUGUUCAUUGACUACAGCUCAGCAUUCAACACCAUAGUGCCCUCCAAGCUCAUCACUAAGCUAAGGAUCCUGGGACUGAACACCUCCCUCUGCAACUGGAUCCUGGACUUCCUAACGGGCCACCCCCAGGUGGUGAGGGUAGACAACAACACACGCUGGCCCUCAACAUGGGGGCCCCUCAGGGGUGCGUGCUUAGUCCCCUUCUGUACUCCCUGUUCACCCACAACUGCGUGGCCGCACACAACUCCAACACCAUCAUUAAGUUUGGCGACGAUAAAACGGUGGUAAGCUUGAUCACCGACAACGAUGAGACAGCCUAUAGGGAAGAGGUCAGAGACCUGGCAGCCUCUCCCUCAACGUCAGCAAGAGAAAGGAACUGAUCGUAGACUACAGAAAACGGAAGGGCCGAGCAUGCCCCCCAUUCACAUCGACAGGGCUGUAGUGGAGCGGGUCGAGCGCUUCAAGUUCCUCGGUGUCCACAUCACUAAGGACCUAUCAUGGUCCAAACGAACCAACACAGUUGUGAAGAGGGCAUGAAAACGCCUCGUCCCCCUCAGGAGGCUGAAAGGAUUGUACGGGUCUACCAUUGAAAGCAUCUUGACUGGCUGCAUCACCGCUUGGUAUAGCAACUGCUUGUUAUCCGACUACAAGGUGCUACAGAGAAUAGUGCGUGCCACCCAGGACCUCUAUACCAGGUGGUGUCAGAGGAAGGCCCUAAAAAUUGUCAAAGACUCCAGCCACCCAAGUCUUAGACUGUUCUCUCUGCUAGUGCAUUGCAAGCGGUACCGGAGCACCAAGUCUGGGACAAAAAGGCUCCUGAACAGCUUCUACCCCCAAGUCACAAUACUGCUGAACAGUCGCUACCCCGACUAUUUACUCACAUUACAUACGCUCACACACACAAAACACACAUACAUGUAUAUUGACACACACACACUUUCACACCCUUCACAUACGCUGCUGAUACUCUGUUUAUUAUCUAUCCUGAUUGCCUAGUCACUUUUACCCCUACAUACAUGAAAAUAUUACCUCAACUACCUCGUACCCCUGCACAUUGACUCGGUACUGGUACUCCUUGUAUAUAGCCUCGCUAUUAUUAUUUUAUUGUGUUACUAUUUCCUUUUUUAUUUCGUACAUUUUUCGUACUUUUUAACUAUGCAUUGUUGGGAAAAGGCUCGUACGUAAGCAUUUCACGGUUAAGUCUACACCUGUUGUAUUCGGCGCAUGAGACAAAUACAAUUUGAUUUGACCCAACUCUCUUUCCCUCUCUCAGGUCUGGGUGAUGAUCCCACCUCCUCCCCUCCUCCCUCAGCCCUGUCUCAUUCUGCCCCCCUGUCCCGCUCAGCAUCAUGGGAGUGUCUAUCCACACUGCCUACCCAUGGUGCACCACUGCGCCACGUGACGAACGCCAGGCCGCGGCCCCCUCGAAGGCACAGCCGAGGACAAGUCCCUCUGGACACAGUGAGUCCCUUUUUGGCUCAUAGCAACCUCUAGGACUUUCCACCAUAUCGUUUAUGCAAUACCUGUCCAACCUUCUCAUAUCUUCACAAGUGCCUAGGGGGUAUGGGCGAGGGGUGAAUGCUGGACCUAGCAUCUGAGUCAAACAGGGUUUACAUUAUUGUCUAUUUACCUCACAGUUAAAAUCCACUUUCCUUUUAUUCUCAAAUUUGUCAUCCUGUUUUUUUUCAUGACAGUGGCAUUCCAAAAAUAAGUUCCUUUAUGACUGUGAAUCUGUUGCAUUGUUUAUGACAUUCUCCAAUCUGCAAUGCACUGAGGCAACGUUUGUCUUUGUUUUGUUUAGUAGUUAGAAGCAUUUCUAAAUCGGUACAAACCAAGUUAGUGAGCUGGUAAUGAGGAAUCAUGUUGAGCUCUGAAUAGAAGAUCUCUCUAUUGGCAGGCUGUCAGAUUCCUCAGCUGCAUCCCAAAUGGCACCCUUUUUUCUAAAUAUUGCACUUCUUUUGACCCAGAGGCUUAUGGGCCCUAGUCAAAAGUAGUCCUCUAUAUAAUGAAUAGUCCUACAGCCAGUCAUUGUAAAUGAUAAUUGGCUGUGUCAGCACUGCAGUAGUUUCAGUGAGACCGAAACAUUGUGUUGGUGGCUGUCGUGUGUGUGUGUGUGUGUGUGUGUGUGUGUUUGGUUGUAUUGUAAGCCUGUUAUCUCUGUCCUCUCAGCACUGUUCAGAGAACGGAGGAGUCAACCUGCUGGAGGAUGGACUGCCUGAUUUCUACACCAAGAGAGUCCUGAUUGACAGGUAGGAUUUCCUCACGAUACACACACACACACACACACACACACACUAGCGCUCUCGCUGGCGCUCUCACUGACCCGAUCCCAUAUCUUUAUCUCUCCCCACCAGUCAGCUGUCAUCACUUCAUCAAGCUCAGUCCCUGAGGAGGAAGAAGAGACGCAGUGUGCUGUCAAUCUUCUCCGGGUUCCGCAAAAAUCGCAACUCCACCAUCUCCAAUCAGGAAACGGAGUACGGAGGGAGUCAUGAAAAGUCAUGCACACAUUUUAUUGAUUCAAAUAUGGUUACAGGUCCUUGUUAUAAAUGGUUCAUUAAUUGUUACUAACAACUAUUUUUUUUUAAACUGAUAAUUUUUAUAAUAAGACUCUCAAACUUGCUGACAUAAUUGUAACUGACUUUCUCUCUCUCUCUCUCUCUCUCUCUCUCUCUCUCUCUCUCUCUCUCUCUCAGUAGUGGCUCAGAGAAUGUGUACUCUAUGAUUCAGCACCCUAAGGAUCCUGGGAAGGUGGAGGCCAUCAUUGAGGUGGGGGCCAAUGGGAGGAUGAUGCCGUCCCUCAGGCCCAUCCAGAGCGUACCACUGCCUGGGAUGAGGGGGGCCAGCCCCAGCCCCCACUGUCUCACACAGAGACAGGUAGGAACGUACCACUGUAGGUCUGUCCCUAGCUCAUGAAUAGGGCCAAGAGUUUUACAUGACUACUUGACCUGACUAGUCAUCUCCUGGUCUAUCCCACUCAUUAUCAUAAGAUGUCAUAGUACAGCAUGUAUGCUUUUACUUUCUAUGUAAUCUAUUGCAUACGACACAGUGUAAGCCUUACAAUUUUCUCUCUCUCUCUCCUUCUCUCUCCCACCUUCCAGCCUUCAGACCUGGUCAGCAUGGUGUACAGUUGUAUCGGAGCAGAAGACAAGGACUCAGACAGUAGCUUUGAGACCAGACCAGUGGACAGAGACACUGACAGACCGAUUGCAUCAGACACCCAGACAGAGACCCGUGCCAAUGGACAUGCAAUGUCCUCCACUUCUCUGACUGACAGACUGCCUGACAGACUGCCUGACAGACAGACAGAUCUAGUCAGUCAGGACCUGUCGAUGCCCAGCGCUCAGACAGACACACAGGAGGAGGUGGACAGAGGGACAACGGGGACAGUCUCGUUGGACAGGCAGGAGGGCGCCCCCUGUGGACAGAAACCAGAACCCCUUUCUCAGAGCAGCAAACCCAGUCUGGCCAGCAUGAGACAGAGACAUCUGCAGGGGAGCUCCGGUACUGCAACAUAAAUAUCUAGACGCUUUCAUAGCUCUGGGUGCUGCAUGUGCCAUGGACGUAGAGUUGUUACAAAAUUACAAUUGUCUAAUAAAAAGCUGGAGCUGGAGCACACCCAAAAUUACAAUUGAACUUCUGUUUCACACUUUCUUCCUUUUAAGAGAAAUCAACAGAUGAUGUAGGAUGGAUAGAUGGAGACGGGGUAGAAGAGGAGAAGACUGGAAGGAGACGUCAGGAUGUGCAGAAAGACAGAGGGGCAGAAGGACAGCGUCCUCCCAUUCCUGAAAAGGUGGGUGUGCGUGUGUCCUCUAAUUUCUUGUAUCGUUGUUUGUGUACGGUAGUCUGUAUCUGUGUCUCAGUCUCUAACUGUAUGCAAUCUCUCUCCACAGCCUGGUAAAAAUAAUACUUCUCCAAAGACACCGCCUGCUGUCACUCCACCUGAGGAAAGAGCCAAUGAGAAAACCCCGCCUCCUGUGCCACCUGCGUCUACCAAGCCGGUGUUUGAAUCUUCCUAUCCUGCUGGUUGUCAAGGUAUCACUGUGAUGAAAUAUCAUUGAAGAUGGUUUUAAGAAAUUAUUAUUAAUUGUAAUGAUAAUUGGUUCCUUUCCUGACCAACAAAUCAUUCAUGGCUAUGAAAAUGUUGUUGAUGAUGGUGAUGGCUAAGGUUGACAUUUUGAAAAUUCAAUCAGAUGAGGGAGGAACAAAUGGUUAUCCACUGAAGGCACAUCGCAACAGGAAAGCAAACUCAUGUGACACAGGUAUGUGUGUGAGUGUGUGUGUGUGUGUGUGUGUGUGAGCGGGUUCACUGCAUGUGUGAAUGUGUGCUGUACGUCUGUACAUACAGGUUUGUCUCUAUAGAUGUCUGCAUGCAUGUGCUUGUUUUACGAUAUCUUUUCAAUUCAGAUUUCUGAUUUAAUGCAUUUCUUUUCUUGCUAUUUCAGUCAUUGAAUGCUGUCUCAUAGUCUCUAUUAUAUACUCGGUCCAUCCCUCUGCCAUGGACAUUCCAGUAGAUCUCUUAGGAUGUUUAUCAUGACUGCUACAUUCCUGCAACCUGCCCCUUUGUGACCCAGUCACCAUCUGUGUGGCCCUGUGUGUGUGUCUCAUAUCAUUUUCCUUCAGGCAUGGAACGGGACAGUCCCAACGAUCUGGAGAGGGGGAUCUCAGAUCGCGAAUCCCCUGUGAAAAAACCCAGACUCCCCCAGAACAGAAACAGAUCUCUGGACCCCAGGACUGGGUGUAUGUAUCUGUAUCUCUGGACCAUGCUCUGUGCCAUACUGUAUGUGCAUGUCUGAAUGUUCAUACUGUAGUUUGUUUUGCGUUUGUGUGCGUGUGUGUGCGAGCCUGUUCAAAGCCUUCUUUUCAUGAGUCAGUGGUGAAAGAGAAUUGACCUGACAUUGGCAUGUUGACAGUCAUGACAGUCUUACCCUAACCCACUGUGUCACAUGGUCAGAAAACACUAGGCCAUUAACAUCUUGUUGACUGUGUCCUUGACACUGGGCCAUUAAAAUCUAGCUGGAAAAUCCCAGACAGGAUGAGUGUUUGGGGAGAUGGGUGAGAGGUGCUCUUUCUAAUUCUUAAAGGGAUAGUUGGCUGCAGAUAACCUAGCGGUUAAGAGUGUUCGGCAAGUAACCGUAAGGUCGCUGGUUCAAAUCUCCGAACUGACUAGGAGAAAAAUCUGUCUGUGCCCCUUGAGCAAGGCACUUAACCCUAAUAGCUCCUGUAAAUCGCUCUGGAUAAGAACGUUUGCUAAAUGACUAAAAUGUUGACAUUUUGGCAAUUGAGCCCUUUUUUCUACUUACCCAGAGUCAGAUGAAGAAAGUUAAAGGUCAUUUCUGGAGCCAUUGCUAACUAACGUUAGCGCAAUGAUUGGAAGUCUACAGGAGCAGCUAAGUAGAAAAAAAACCCGCUUAUUUGCCAAAAUGUUGAAUUAUCCCUUUAAUGGCAGAUUAAAUGAGGCCAAACAAGGACCCUGACAUUCAACUCUGUCUAGGUCCUGAAAGUCCAGAUCCCGGCACCGGUGAGACGUCAUGA